GUCAACUUCUACCAAAACGGAUCUGUUAUGGUACAGGGAAACAGUUCUGCCCUAACACACUUUGAACAGACCUUCCACACCUUAAAAGAUAUGGUGGAAAAAGAGGAAUCAAAUCCCUGCCAACAAAGCCAUACAGACACAUCAGAAAACACAGAACAAAAGGAGUCCUCAACCCAUGCUAAUAUAAAGAACAGGACCACUCCAGAAAGAACUGAAAACACCAUCAUCUUCCCUCAAGCCCAGGACUUCACAACACAGUUGUUCAACUGCAGUACAGCCUAGUACUGUUGGAAGUGGUAAUAGUGGAACUGAGCGAGUAGGUUCAUGCCCAGACCACAAAAGACACUUUACAACUCAGAGACCAGCUGUGCCAGUUAAGAAACCAGCUGAAGAACUCUAUACAGGAGUUAAAGGGAGAAAUAGACACCCUGUCCAAGGACAGUGAAACAUUAAAAAAAGACUACAAAGAACUUAAACGCAAUGGGGAAGGAACUUUCAGAAAUGAAAGAAUAUAUGAGGAGGGAGCUCACAGGCUUCAAAGUUGAGUUACAGCAAAGGGACACACAAAUUGAGACCCUGACAACACAAAUGAGGCGUCUCUCUACCCCUACAAGCGCCUCAACGAGUAAAGACCCUCAACCUCCCCCGCACACUCACAGUCAAACUCCAGCACAUCUCCAACAUCCACCAGACCAUCACAAACCAACAAUAACCAAAGAGAUGCAGAUGCACCUGCAACUCCCAGCAAGCCUGAUGAGUAACCUCAGAAAACCACAGCCACAACCCCGACUGAGAAACAGCCACUACAAACCAAAGCUGAAAUCGGCAUCCUCAUGGACUCCAAUGGGAAGUUCCUGCAAGGGGAAAAACCAUUUCCAGGUCGUAAGACAACAAAACUCUGGUGUCCAAAAACAGGUGACGCCCUCAGAAUUGUAUCUGACUCAAGCUUUGGCACACCAUCACACAUCAUCAUACACACAGGCACCAACGACCUGAGAAGUGAACAGGAGAGAGUUGGGCAUCUGAUCUGCAGAGUAGUAGAGAAAGCUACAGAGAUCUACCCCACCUCAAAGAUCAUCAUAUCCCCUCUCCUACCCCGCAGAGAUUUUCACCCAGACACCAUCCAGAGAGUCAACUCUGACAUCUCCAAAGGAUGUGCUCGUCUACCUAAUGUGCACUUGACUCAUCACCUCACUAUCACAGUAAGAGACCUGUGUGACCACCUACACAUAAGGAGGGACAAAGUUAAUGUGUUUGCAAAAACACUGAAAGACACAGCAUGGGGCAGACAGACCAUCUCAACACCUCUUAAAACAACACACCACAGACCCAGCAGAAACCCACAGUCUCAUCACAGAGAACGACCACCAAUGAAUGGACUAUACUGGGAACCCCCAUCCCACACUGAAGUCUACCUCAGAACACCUCACGCAGUUGAACAUCACCACAGACCACCGCCUACAUCUUCACACCUGCAGAAACCAGACCACCACCCAAGAUCCUCGCCACCACAAAGACAUCACUCCAGGCAGAGGAACAACACCAGAAAGAGACCACAGCCUCCAGCAACUAACCCAUCGCAUCCACCUUCAGCUGAAAACACACCAAACUCAGCACCACCUGCACACUCCAGGAGCUACGCACAGGCUGUCAAAGGACAGACAAAGACCCUGGAGAUGAGUGAGAUCAGACAGCUGCUGAACUACAUCAGUGCACAGCUAACUUCAUGACAGUCUACAUGUCAUACAAACUCCAGAUUAACAAUGUAAAAAAAAAACAUUCCAACUGUAUAUUAGAAGAGGAUUACCUCUUAUUCUUGAAAACAAGAACUCUACACCUUGAACUCUUAGAAUGUUUCUUUCAACAUCAAUGUGGAAUAUCCAAGGCUUGAACUCUACAGCAUUCGGGUUAAAGAGCUCAAACACAGAAUUCCAGAAGAGCAUUAAGGAUAUGGACAUUAUAAUUCUACAGGAGACACGGAGCAGGGCAAACACCACCACCCACUGCGCCCCCAACUACAGAGAAAUGAUUCUACCAUCACAAAAACUCAAUACAGUCCGAAAGGGCAGAUACUCAGGAGGACAAAUCAUCUGGUACAAUUCUAAAUUUCACAACCACACCAACACGGUGAAACAUGGAAAACACCAAUUCACAAGGAUCUACUCCCAUCCCAAAAAGAUAUAUUCCUGUGUGUAUAUUAAUGUAUAUUAAUGUGAUUAUGAAUGUAGGUCAGUUCCCUGACAUCUGGAAUCAAGGCUUGAUAACACCAAUCUUUACAAACGGAGAUAAAUUUGAGCCGAACAACUAUAGAGGCAUCUGUGUGACCUGGGAAAACACAAACCCCAUAACACACACAUCACAUUACAAUGACCUGGGUUUAAAAAUCACUUGAAUCCUGCAGUGAAUCAACUGAGAGAUGAAGCACGCAGGGCCUUCUAUUCCAUCAAACGUCAAUGUCCUGUAGAAAUCCAAGUUAGAAUUUGGCUGAAAAUAUUAAAAUCAGUGAUUAAUCAGUAAAACUCUCUGUCAGCUGGUCCAGAGCUUCAGUCCUGAUGUUUCAGUCCUAACAUCUACUGAUGCUCUAAACCACAACAAUACUGACAAAAUCACACUCAACACAGUCACAACACAAAUGAAACAAAACUAUAUCACUCAUUGGGAAACCCAAACAAAACAACAAAGUCAAAUGCAAUGUUAUUUGGCCCUAAAGAGAGAAUCCAGUCUGUACACAGUGACAGAUGAAAAACUAAGAUCCAGACUCAGUGGACAUAAACUCAGUUUAGAGACGGGCAGACACAGACACACAUGGCUGCCACAUGGUGUCCACACUGUCAUCUCAACAACACUGAGACGGAACUCCACUUCCUAACAGAAUAUAAAAUACACAGACAUACGGACAAUGUUUUAUGAAAAAAUCAAGUCCAUACACCAGACGAUUGAAAGUGUGUCAAACAAUGAGAAAGUGGCGUGUCUGUUAGGAGAACACAAGGACUGCUGUGUGUCAGCUGCACAAUAUCUGUCUGCCCGUCACAACACAAGAGAAAACAAUCAAUCUGCCCUGACCUGAUGUUUCCAAUAUAUCUUCAUAACAUUAUAUUAUUAUAGCCCUUUAUUCUGCUACUUACAUGUAUAUUUUGAUUUUGUAAAUCUUUGUUUAAACAAUACUCUAUUUCUGUUUUUAUAUAUUUACAUAUAUUAGAUUAUAAACCACUUUAAGUGCACUACAUACAUCACACUUUUUUAUUUUAUUACUAUUAUUAUCUUUCUUUUCUUUUGUUUACAUACUUGCACUAUUUGUACGCAGCCCAGCUGCAAAUGCUUUGGCAAUACGAAUGUACACUUUGUCAUGCCAAUAAAGCACACCUAAAUUGAAUUAAUAGCUCUUCACUUCACUCGCCUCUAUCACACUCUUUCAAGUGCUUUUCUAAGAUGUGCAAUGUUGCUUUUGAAACAUUCCUUUUAAAAGCAUUUUACCAACCAACGUCACGUGCCCAUAUUAGUACCAAAUGUAUACAUAUCUGUACAUAUUAGGACCUUUUUGAAAACAGUGUGUGGUGGUGGGAAAAGAGACCAGAAUGAUCUUUUUAGCUGUCUUCACUAUAUCCACUGCAGGGUCUUGUUCCCGAAACAUACAGUGAUGCAGCUGCUCAGAAUGCUCUAGAUGGUCCCUCUGUACAUGUUGUGAGGUGGGAGCUGAACUUACUUUAGCCUUCUCAGAAAGUAGAGAUGUUUGAUGAUGUGGUUCGAGCAGUGCAACCGAGCAGCAAUGGACCAAGCACACAGCCCUGAGGGACCCCUGUGCACAUAUGUUGGAGAGGCUGUUUUUCAGACCCGGAGUGCCUGAGGUCUCUCGGUCAGAAAGUCCUGGAUCCAGUUGCAGAGGGAGAGACUGGCGGAUUUGAGGAACACCCAACCAGCAAGGAAGACAAGUUAAGGAAGGGAUAGAAAGAGAAAUAAGCUUCAGAGAGACACUGAGGUGAAGCACCGGGUCAGAGAUGAACUCGGUCAGGUGGAGGGAUGAGGCUUCAGUGCCUGCUGAGAGAACUCCAUCCACAGGUCUGAGAGAGCAGAGGGUGAAAGGAUACUAACAAACGCAAGACCAAGACAACACUAAAAACAAUGAAAAGACAGAAGACUCAGCGGAUUGGAUUAUUUUCUUUCAUCCACCAUCCUUCACAACUUCUUAUAUGCUCCGUCUUGGUUUUCCAACCAGAACAACAUCUCCGGGGAUGAUGCUGUUCAGUGUGUGGUUGAUUUAUUGAUGGUUAUAAACAGGGAGGUCUUUGAUUUGAUGUGUUCCUGUACGCAGUUCAAAGAAAUGACAUUCUUUAGGAAAUGUUCUCAACCACGCCUGUUUCAAAAAGACGACAUGAGACUUUGAAAGGAGGAGGUGGGAGGGCAGGUCUGUAUUUUAUUCAAUUACGCUGUUGAUAAACUCACACAUUCAGAAUGCUUUUAGAAUACAUACUGUACAAAGACACAAAUGGAAAAAUGAUUAAUGAUAAGCUAAUAUUGUCUUUAAAUGCUCCUUGUGUUGGCUGACAACCUUUUAAAAAACGUGUCUAUGUAUUGCAAAAAUUAGAUAGCUUUUUGUACUUAUUUUUAUUAAACAAUUUUUUUUAA